CAUGGCUAAUACUAUGUACUAUGAUUGUUUAUCAAUGUUAAAUAAAUAAUAAAGAACUUUAAAUCUUGAACUAUAAACUAGCUUUGUGUAAUAACAAUUUCUUAAGUAAUUUUAGUUGAUCCGUAACCCCGCUAAUACGGGUCAGUGUUUAGCAUCAUUUGGACUCAUGCUGCCAAUAAACAUGAAAAUAGACAAGAAACUUUUGCCAAUCAAGGGUCAUUUUAUACUUUAUAAUGCUGGUACUGCUCCACUUAUCCCCUAUUUGUCUACAUAUGCAAGACAAUUGGGAUUUUCAUCGACCACUGUUGGCCUAAUCUACACAAUACUACCAAUUUUUAGUCUUUUAGCAACACCAAUUUUUGGUUUCUUAGCAGAUAGGUUUAGAAUACAAAAAUCCAUAUUCAUAUUCUUUCAAAUAGUAAUAAUUGUAAGCUUCGCCAGUAUAUAUUUUAUACCUCAAACUGGUUUAAAUCUUACGGUAGAGCUAGAUUGUGGCGAUGGUGCUACAGUACUCAAAAGUUGUUUUAAAAAUGCUGGAGAGAUUGACCAAUGCAGGGUCAUGUCAUUGGGUAGUCAAAAUUCUACUACACAAUGCAAGAUGAGCUGUGAUAUGACGUCGCCAAAAAUGUGGCAAACGGUGUGUGAGCAUUGGCAUAUACCGAAAUAUUGUUACAGUCAUACAAAUAGUAUAAAUUAUACAUCUUUCAUUAGUAAUAUUAGUGUGAACGAGGAUAAGUGUGCUUACAUUUCAACAGACAAUGUGACGUUGGAAGGGUACACUUUUAAACCGAGCUGUCGCAUUGGCGGUGGAUUCGUCGAUGUCAACGAACCGUGUACCCUUGACUGUGUAAAUAAGCAGCUGUCAAAUAUAAUUGGGGAAAAUAAGGCGAAUAUGACAUGUUUAAAUGACACAUUAAAUUAUCGUUUUUGCAAUAAAGAUGUCGGGAAUAUGGUAUUGGGAAGUCAAUUGGAUAAAUGUCAGGCUAAUUGUGAGCUUGAUACCUCAGCACCGUGGAAAUUAAUGGAGAUUUGUUUGGGCUGGGGAGCGGACAUCACCGAUGUGUGUAAACCAAAGACACCGGCGGGUGAGCAUUUGCCCAAAACCCUCUCAUUUACUGGCAACAUUCGCUUGUCGUCAAUUGUCACAGAACACAGCUGUGUCUUUGUAAGACUUACGGAUAUUGUAAUGCCUGAUGGAACAGUGCACUAUCCGAAUUGCAUAUCCAAGGCACAAUAUGAAAUGGAGAUGAAUUUGUUCCAUCCGCUGUGUGAGAUUGAUUGUGAUCAUGCGCAGGUUAACGAGCUUCUCCAAUCGGCAAAAGAUAGUACAAGCGAAGAUACCUAUCAGUAUACGAAACAGUUUUGGUUGUUUUUUGUUUUCAUGAUUUUGAACUGGAUUGCGGGUGGAGUAGUUGUUGCAUUUGCUGAUGCUAUAUGCUUCAAUCUACUUGGUAGUAAAAAAAGUUCGUAUGGAAAGCAACGGUUAUGGGGAUCCGUUGGUUUCGGACUAUUGUCGCUUAUAAGUGGGAGUCUCAUAGAUUUAUUCAGCGCUGGCGCAUACAAAGACUACACUGUAGCCUUUGUUCUAAUGUUCGUAUUUAUGUGCGGUGAUGUUUUAGUAACGAGUUUUAUGAAGGUAGAAUCUUUGGCAUUAUCUUUAAACAUAUUAUCCGAUGUUGGAACUUUAUUCAAAUCUGCUCACAACUGUGUCUUCAUUUUAUGGACAAUAUGUGUCGGGUUAUGUACGGGCUUGCUCUGGCAAUUUUUGUUCUGGCAUAUUGAGGAUGUGGCCACAUUGACCUGUGACGGGGCGGAUUAUGUGAAGACAUUACAGGGGCUUGUUAGUGCCAUACAGACAUUUGGCGGCGAGAUACCCUUCAUGUUUCUAUCUGGUUAUAUUAUAAAGAAAAUUGGCCACGUGAACGUGAUGAGUAUUGUACUCAUUGCUUUUGGCGUGCGUUUCGUACUGUACUCGUUCCUCACCAACGCUUGGUGGGUGUUGCCAAUAGAAUUAUUCCAAGGUGUCACCUUCGGAAUGUUCUAUCCUACGAUGACGUCGUACGCCAGUCUUGUAUCACCACCGGGAACCGAAAAUACCGUCCAAGGCUUAGUCGGAGCCAUAUUUGGAGGUGUUGGUACGUCACUUGGGAGUUUGAUGGGGGGUUACUUGUACCAAACGUAUAAGGGUUGGAACACAUUCCGCUGGUUCGGAUUUGGGGCGGUUAACAUCGGUGUUCUUCACGUCAUAGCCCAGUACUUACUUAAAGAUAAACCGCAUCUUGAUCAAGUGAGCCAAGGAACAGAUGGCGCGCGCAUUCAAUACGCCGACGUAUGUGCGCUGACGGCCGCGGGCUUUCACGUUGCUUCCGAAGCUAUGAUGAACGAUAUUUCAGCCAGCUCCUACGCCGCCGAGGCACGCAGAAUGCAACUAUAUACACACCCACAUGUCAGUCAUAGAGAGCUGUCGAUCCACGCUGUUCCUACCCAUGACCUGUUGAAGCCCAAAGAGGAACCUCCAUACAGUCUGGCCUCGCCUGAGCAUUGCACUGUUAACCUGUCACAUACAAAUAAAAGGCUAGAGAGGGCCUGCAAUCACUAUGAAAGAGGGAACUCUCCGCUCAUCUCUAGAAUGAAGUCCAUACCAGCCGUGUCUACCACAUUGUCCGAAGCUAUAAGUAACUCCGAACCGAAAGUAGACGCAACAUCAAGCUCCAGUUCGGGAAAUUCAGAAAAAUCCACCACAAAUUCAGAAGCAACGAAGCCGCCCUAUUCCUACGUAGCCCUCAUAACAAUGGCUAUACAAAAUAGCGAAACGAAAAAAGCGACUCUCAGUGAAAUCUACGCAUAUAUUACAAAGGAAUUUCCAUACUUUCAAAAGAACAAAAAAGGCUGGCAGAAUUCCAUUCGACACAAUUUGAGUCUUAACGAAUGUUUCGUCAAAGUACCACGGGAAGGCGGUGGCGAACGAAAAGGCAACUACUGGACUCUUGAUCCACAAUGCGGUGAUAUGUUUGAAAAUGGAAAUUUCCGACGGCGCCGCCGGAUGAAGAGACCUUUCCGUGGAACUCCUUAUGGCAAGGGACUGUAUGGAGAAACUUACCACACGGGCCCAAUGGGCCAACCGCACGUGCAGUCCCUUUCCAUUUCCGCAAAUUACUUCGGUCCUGGCACCUACUCACCUUCAUAUCCACCAUUUGAUCCGAGUUGGCUCAGUCAACCGACAUCUAGCUUGGGUUAUGGAAGUGCUUGCUCGCCACACUCCAACAUCCAACACCAGGCGUCGCCGUUCGGAUCCUAUAUCAGUCAGCAAUUACAAGAACAGUUGCAGAGUCCGCUACAACCCAUUCCAAUUUCUAUGAAUACACCGUAUUCAAUGAGUUUUCCGAGUUUUGAUUCAUCGCCAAAUUCCGCACCAUCAUAUACGACGGGUGACAAUCACCCAAUAUCUCAUCAUGACGUAAGCGGCGGUGAUGGGCCUGCUCAUUACUGGGUGACAGAUUCCAACGCCAGUCAUCCCAGAACUUACGAGCACCCAAGCACCGUGCGUCCUGCCUCUCAUGAUGAAGGCAUUGACAUGGCCGAAUCAGCUGCCAGAUAUCUGCUAUGGUCUGAUGUGGGAAAGGAUGAUUCUUUAACGUUCCCUUCUGGUGAGACCUAAGUUAAAGGACAGAGAGAAUUAAAGCGAUUUAUUAAAGGCCCACCGUGAACAGGAUAUAAUAAUAUUUCAUAGAUGUCAAUCUCGAAUAAAAAUUCUAUAGAAUUUUUUCCGCCAAUACGUUUUCUAUGUAUUAUCAGAUCAUGGGGCAUGCUUAAUAUAAAUAGCUAAUUUCCAAAUGAUUAAUGUAGUUUAUGUGUUCUAAAAACUGCUUUAUCGAUGUAUGUAAAAAAACAUUUAUUUUAACAACUUCCCUUAAUAACUAAGUCUAAAUAAUACAUUUCUACUAAUGAGCUCAUUCUAUAAUUGUGAUUAGUACUAAGAGACUAAAAGUGUAUAAAACUCGUAAAAAGUGAGUAUUAUUUAUAAAUAUUAGAUGUCAGUACUUUUAACUAAAGUAAACUGUCAUGAGGAGACAUAGAGUACUUUUGUUAAAAAGUACAAUUGUAUCGGUGUUUCAAAAAUUACCAUGUAGCACUUAAAAUGCAAAUGUAUAUGCUUAAUUGAUAUUACCCGACUUCAAUUUAAACUUUUUCAUAUAACAUACUAUUCUCAUACAUUAAGACUUGAAUUCUUGAUGAUUUAAUAGGACUUUAAUAAAAAUAAUAAUUUAUAUAAUAAUUAUACAUUUUUACUACUAUUACUAUUCGAUAAACCUACUUUCACCUAUAGGCGACCACUGUUACCAAAUCGACUAAAUUAAGAUCAAGACGAGUUAAAUAAAAUCAAAUUAGUAAUUAAUUGCGAGCUUUUUGAUGUGAUGUGUAUCGGUAAGGGACAAUUUUUAAAUGCAUUUAUUGACUAAACAAAUUAUUAAACAUUUUUAUUCUUCUAAGAGCAUUAAUUUGGGCUACUCACUCUAAAUAUAUCUUUCUCUAGACUUUACCGAGUAUUGUAGGAAUUAGAUUUUUUAACUAACGAUUUUUAUCGUUGAAGAGGUUACUCUUCUGUAAAAAUUAAACUAAUUGCACAAUUUUAACUAAAGUAACGUUUUGUCUCUUUUAAAUUAUUGUGCCAAAAAGAGAUAGACAGUUCUUUAGUUUAAAUUCUUUUAAAUAUUUUUUUAUGAAUAAGGGGUUUAUCUGUGACUCGUUGUACAUAAUUUUACGUUUUUAUAAGGCAUUGCGAUAAGUGAUUUAACAGCGCCAUCUUUUAUCUUUACUGUGCUUUUGUAUAAACUAUUUAUAAUUUAUAUUCGAUCUAUUAAUAAAUGUGUUAAAAUAUUUUAAAACUACUAAUGUUAAGAAGCUCUAAGACCAUUUUUCACGAAAAUACAUAGCUGGAUGCAUCAACCAGCAUUUACGGCUAGGCUAUGCAAUACUCGGCAAUAUUUUUUAGUAUGGCCGGGAAAUAUUACCAAAUAUUUUUUGUAUGUCCGAUGAAUGUUUAUUGUCACAGCCGGUAUGGCCGAAACGAUCGCUUUGCAAUCGGAAAUACUUCAAUAUUUAUAUUAGUCAUAUUAUUGCUGUCUCGCUUUAAGGCAUAAUUGCGUCCCUUUUUCAGGCUACAUGGAGUUUUCGACGACAGUUUUUUUGUGACAUUUGUAUAAAGUCUUGAAAUAAUUGUACAUCGUGUCUUAUUUCUAGACUUAAAUAAUCCAAAAUUUUUAAUUUUUGUUUUUACUUUGCUUACCAUAUAAGCUGCUGCAACGCAUAUGCGUUUUUUCGGCAUAGCAGCCAUAUGUACUAUUGGCUUGUAUGUAGACCGUGUAAAGACAAAAUAAUGAGUUAUAUACUAUUGCACAAAUAUUGCCAAGAUAUACAUUUUCCAGCCAUGUAUGCAGCACAUAUAUAGCAAUAUGUUUUUUGUAUUUUCGGGAUAUAGUCGGCAAUGAUGUAGCCACAUAUUUAUUUAAAAGUGUAGCCUAUGAGGCCUGUACGCUAUGCUAUGGCAUAUAUAAUCUUCAAUUAUUUGAUAAUUCUACUAUUGUACCUAAUUUAUGAAGAUAACUGAUAGAUAAAUGAUUUUUUUAUCUACAUAAAAAUCCGUCUAUCGCCAACUAAAAAAAUAGAAAGUAUUUUUGGAAAUUUUCGGGAUCGUUCAGGGUAUACAAUAAAUAGUAAAAUUAGAACUAUUAUAUACUAUCAAAAUUUGUUAAACUAUCUAUUCAUUUAAUACAAAUCAACGUAGGCCAGGAAGUCGUUAAUUAUUUGUUAAAAUAAUUUAAUACUUAAAAGCAUAUAUUUAAUGUUUUUAAUUACGUGUUUGCCCGUUUGAUGGCGCCAGAUUCGCCUUUGAAAUAGCGAUAGUGCAAGUCUUUAUUCUGAUUCUUACUCUGGGGUAUAUAUCUCAAGCAAAUAUCAACUAUACUGGUAAUGUUUGCUAGUACAUAUUUCUAGCAUUAUGGUAAUAAACUUCAACGUAUACGUGGCUGUGGCGCCAUCUCCCUCGAAUAGUUAAAUGUUGUGUCAAACGUGUGUAAAGCGUCUGUCGUGUCGUAAAACUAGAAGAAAUUGUGUACUAUUAUUAAGCAUUGAUCUUCAAUAUAAUUUUACUUAAGAAUACUAAACUAGAAUAUCGCGGCAUUUUUAAAAGUCGUCUUGCGUGAUACUUUGAAAUCACGAUAGACUAUUAGGCAAAAAACAUAUCUAUUGACAUUAUUAUUUAUUUAGAUGCCUUUAGCGUUAAGUUCAUUGGGUGUUUACCAGUGUUUCUAGACUUCUAAGUUAGGUGUUGUGGAAGUAAAUUACGAAUAGUUCGAUGUUCUUAUUGCAGAUUUUAUGAACCAUAGAUAUAAGUGUAUGUUGAAUAUGCUAAACUUGUGGAACUGUUUUAUCAAUAGCAUUUAUGUUAAUUUGUUUUUAUCUAUAGAUAUUUUA